AUGCUUCGUUCGUGCUUUAAAGCUGCCCAUGUUUCAUCUCCUGUAUCUCUUUCUCGAACACACACACCUUCUUCCAUCCGUCUCUUUACCUCUUCUAGGCAAAAUGUCUACCAGUCCAACAGAUUCGCCUCCACUAUGGCCCACAUCCCGCCAGCAGUAAUCAAGGUUCAGGGGCCCCACAAUACAUCAAACCCAGACCAUGAAUCGCACCUACAAACCCAAUUGCAAUCCAUAUCUCGUAAUGUGGCCCACCUGCUGAUUGACACGAACACGCCUUCAGAUGCUGAGUGGGCUCUUCUCAGCACUCAUUUCCAUGCUGUGGAAGACCUCGAGCUCGAGAGUGGCUUCAGUGAAGAACUCAACGACAGAUGCCUCCCUCGUCAUUGGCCUCUAAAGAAAUUGAAAUUGAGCUCUGCGUGUGGUGAACUCAUACAAAGCCCAUUCGUACGUCAAGGGUUGGUUCAACACCUGAGCUUAUACUUUACAUGCAACCUGCGAUUUGAAGGGCCAACAACGGAAGAGUUCUGGCGCUUAUCUCGAGAAACAAAGGUCCCGGAAGAAAAAGAUGCAGAGGGAAAAGAGGGAAACGAGAAAGGCAUCGAGAUUACUUAUCUUCCCGAGGUCGUGGUUAACUAUAUGCAGAAAGUCCACUUGAAUCCCGACCGAAAGCUAGAUCCUGAAAAUGAACCACCCGAAGGCGCUAUCAAUCUCAGAACACUGGAGAUUUGGGAGAAUGACGCGAUGGACACAUUCUGUCACUUUUCUGCGGCCCUUCCUCAUCUAGCCGACAAUCUUCACACGCUUCGACUUCGAUCUACAAGCGGGUUGGAUUUUGGCAUGAUAGCCGAAGGAACAUUUCGUCAACUCCUGCCCGUCUUGGAGAACCUGAAGGUUCUGAAUUACACCGUCGGCGACGUAUUUCACGACCCUUUAUUCUUACAAACCAUUCACAAGUUGCUUCCGCCCAAUCUGACAACUUUGUAUUUCCGUGCGCCUGCCUCAAUUGCCACCUCUGAUCAAUGGCCCAACUGGCUGCGCGUAUUUGAGUCUCGCGAAUUUUUACCUCAUCUCGAAGACCUUGCUUUCGUCUUGGAUUUGCAUUAUGAGGAUCGGCCUGAUGGGUCGUCGGGUAGGAAAGAAGGUCCGGCGCCAAUGGGAUUAUUACAUCAGGCACGACAGGAAUGUGAAAAUCUGUAUGCGAUUCUUCGUAGGCGCGGAAUCAAUGUCGUUUCCAUGCCCUCAGAGCCCGACUCUAGCCUUUUAAGACCGGUUGACCUUCGAUGGUAG